AUGCAUGCAGAUUCGGGGAAAGAGUAUGUGGUGGGGAGCAGCUUGUCAGUCAAGCACUUGAAUGGAGGCAAAGUUCGUCGGAACGAUGGUCCCCCACAAGGCAGGCCUGGAGCUGUUGUAAGAGAUGAGAAGGGUAGUAUGAAAGGAGCACUGAUGCACACCAUCGAAGGAGGGCUGUCUGCUCAUUAUGGUGAGGCGUUGGUGGUGCUUUUUGGAAUGAGCUGCAUAAUUGACUUCCGCUGCCUAGACGAAGGCUUCGGUGGCAAAACCUACAAGCGCAAGCGGAACCCCGAAGCCGCCGCUGACUACGAAGAUGCCGCCAUGAAAAUCGACGCCGCCUACCCACCUCCGGCGAAGCGAUCCGCGGUGUCCUCCUCGGACAAUCCGGACAAACCAGUCUUUAGCCGACCGAGCUACGACGUCGUGAUCGCCCGGAAGGUCUCCGGGCGGAAGUGGAAGCAGCCGCGGAAGCAGAGGUCGUCGGCGGUUCAGGUGAGCCGGAAGGGGACGACGUUCGAGGAGAGGGAGAAGAACAACUCGGUGAAGAAGGCGUACAAGGAGAGAAUGGCGGAGCUGAAGGGGGAGAUUAAGAGGAACAAGGAGGAGAAGAGGAGGAAGAGGGAGGAGAGGGAGAAGAAGAAGAAAAUGGGACCAAGCUGCAGAUUAUUUCCAAAAAAAAGGACUGGGUAAGUAAAUGACGCAAAUACCCAUCAAAUAAGCCACGUGGCACACAGGUUAACGCUGUCAUGGACGGCAGGUACAUAUGUUGGGUCGGGCGAGAUAUUUGGGGUACCAUUGUGAUAGUUUUGGAAACUUGGGUACAGAAAUUCGGAGUCGGCCAUAG